AUGAGCGACCAAGUCCUUCGAGAGGAAUCUAUCUGCAGCGAACCGACCAUCUUGACGGUGACACAAAAAGAAUGGAGUUGGCUCAAGAAAACCGACCGUGGCUUUUCCAUCAGCGACCAGAAGGAUGGGACCUUGAUGUUCAUGGUUGACACAAAGACCGCUGGGAAGUUUCGAUUGGUCUCAGAUUCUUCAGGAGAUCCAGUUUUCAAACUUGAGCGCAAUGUUCUCUCGAAGGGAAGUGGUUGGAUCCUGAAAAGCACAUCCGACGACAACAUGAUCCUCUUGUCAAUACGAUACAGCUGGGUGAGACCGCAUAUCAGCGACGUCACGUUCGGGCCCAAAGGAUCUUCGGAACCAUCGUACACAAUCAAGGCUCGAGAUCUCUGGAGCGGAACUCUGGACAUCAUUGAACUGGCCACCUCGACAGUUGCCGCGACUAUACAGUGUACCAACAUGAAGUCCAAUAUUCUCAGCUCAUUCAAAACUUCGCCGCCCGUCUGGAGCGUCAAGAUUACGCAAGGGAUAGAUGUCGCACUGCAAUCGUCGUAUGUGCCUCGGACGCGUUCUCGGAAAGUCAUCAUCUUAUGA